AUGAAUUAGGGAGUAUUUUACGGUUAAGUUAUAGUUGGUCCUGCAGGAAGUGGAAAAUCUACUUAUUGCCAUAUUAUGUAAGAUAAUGCCAAACUUUUGAAAAGAAAUAUUAUGGUUGUUAAUCUUGACCCUGCUGCAGAACAUUUCAAAUAUAGAUGUGAUAUAGACAUUAGAGAUUUAAUUACACUUGAUGAUGUUAUGGAAGAAUUCAAAUUAGGACCAAAUGGUGGCUUAGUUUACUGCAUGGAGUAUUUAUUAUAAAAUAUUGACUGGCUUGAAGAACAGUUAUGUGAUUUAGCUACUGAUGAUUACGUUUUAUUUGAUUGUCCAGGAUAAAUUGAAUUAUAUACACAUAUGGAUUUGAUGAAUAAGUUAACACAAUCACUUUCAAAUCUAGGUUUUAGCGUAUGUUCUAUGUAUAUGUUAGACGUUACUUUUAUUAGUGAUAAUAGCAAAUUUAUUUCAGGUGUGCUAUAAGCUCUUACUGCAAUGAUUAGCUUAGGUCUCCCACAUAUUACAGUUUUAACAAAAUGUGAUAUUAUUUAAGACAAAAAAUAAAUAGAUGAGUAUUUAGAAUUUUCAGAAGAAAUAGAUGAUAUAGAAAUUAAGGAUACUUAAAAUAUGUCAGAAUUUGAUAAAAAGUAUAAUAGUUUGACAAGAACAUUACGUGAAACAAUCAAAGAUUAUAGUUUAGUUGGUAUUAGAAAAUUAGAUGUUAGUGAUGAAGAAACCAUUUUAGAUUUAUUAGCUGAAGCUGAUAUGUGCUUAAAUUAUGGAGAAAAUUUAGAGCCAGAUGAGAGAUUUUAUGAAUAAGUAGAGGAUAACUUACAAAAAGGAAAUGAUGUUUACUUUGAUGAAGGGGCAAAUGAUGAUUUUUGA